AUGUCAGGUACUAGUUACACAGGUGAUAUAGCCAUCGACCAAGUGAAUGUAACCAAAGGACCAUGUAAUGCUGUGUUAAAUUCAGUAAACUGUGACUUUGAAUCUUCAACCUGGACCAUUGAUUUAAAUUGUGGACUCUCUCAGUCCACCAGUGAUCGAUUUGAUUGGACUCGUUAUUCUGGAGCAACAGGAAGUUCUAAUACAGGUCCAUCAAGUGCUGCUGAAGGGUCGUAUUAUCUAUAUAUUGAGACAUCAUCCCAAACAUCCAAAGCCAAUGCUGUUUUAAACUCAAAGUACCUAAAUACAGGUCAUUUUAUCAGCAUUGCAUCAUUCUACCAGCUGCAAUGGGUACCAGCUUAUGCUGGGAGCAGGGUUGGCCGGGAAAUAGUAGUAGUGGGAAUUACCAGUGGUGAUGGUGCAUGUCUUUAUUUUAAGUACCACAUGUAUGGUGUCACGAUUAACACACUAAACAUCAACGUUUCCACUAAUGGCUUUAACAAUCAGAGAAUUUGGUGGCGGUACGGAGACCAAGGAAAUCGGUGGCACCAAGCUGCCAUGACAUUGCCCAGAAGCUCUUCCUUAAGGAAGCACAAAUUUUCAUGGGGAUAA